AUGGGUUCUUCACAAAGCCAACCGUCCGAGGCACCAUCACAAACGACGCCGCAAGUCGUGAGGAUCAAUCGAGAAGAAAUACCCGAAGAGUACAAGGCGGUUGGCGUUUCUGGAGCUGUGAUCAACCGUGUAAAUGCCCACGUCCGCACUGGAGCCCCGGCUGGAGCUGGUAUUGCUGCCGAUAUUGAUGUCGAGAAGCUGAGGGCUGAGUUGGAACGAGAGCGAGGAGAGAAGGUACGCUUGCGUAAUGAAGUCAGCGAAAUGCGCCAACUCACCGACUUACAACAACGAGUGAAAACGGAAAAUUCUGGAGCCGUUGUCUUGGGAGGAGAUGUCGAGGAACGCAAACGAAUUUUUGAUGAAACCGUGGAAAGGGUUGAGAAGCAAUUUUUCAACUACCGAAGGGAAAAUGUUUGUGCUGAUAAUGAAACUGAAAUCAUGUCUUGUCUGAAAGCGAACCCGAACCGUCUACUCAAGUGUUCAAACCUUGUUGGAUCUUACGAACAGUGUGUUGGCAAUUUCCGACAAGAGGUACUCAAAGGAAAU